AUGCAGGCCUCGAAGUAUUCUCGACUGAAUCCUCAGGUUCAACCAGAUUUGACUGGCAACCGGAUACCCGAGAAUAGCGAAAUGCAAUUCAACAACUCCAUCUCGUAUGAUCGUUUAGGUUCUCCCGAAGGAAUUGGGACUGAAAAUCUAAGCAGUGUUCCGAAAUCUCAACCUCGAGUACAAGUACAAGGCGAUAAAGCAUAUGCAAACGGACUGGCAUAUACUGGAUUUUCACCAGACAUCCAGCCUAAAGGACCGAACAGGACGCGAACGAACAAUUCGUUCUACUCUGUCGCUUCUUCGGCAUGGAUCAAUACCAAACAGUUUGCGGUCUCGCACUUUAAUGUGCCCAAGGUAGCGGCACCUUGGGAACAUGAGCUUUCUGAGAAGCAGACCAGCAUACUGCAGCCGUCCGACACUGUUCGCUAUUUCGAUCACCGUCGCCAGCGUCUACGGCUGUUUGUGAACAGUGCCUUUCAAUUUUUUGUCACGUUAUUUAUAGCCGCGGCGCUGGUCAGUACACUUUAUGGCUUCUCCACCUUGACUUAUGGUAUCACCGAUGUCCAGAAGAGACUUUUCAACGCGCUUGUAACUGGGCUUUCGCUCGUCCUAGGUCUCAACAUCGUGUCGUCUCUCAGAGGCUAUGCGCAGAUGAUGCGAUGGAGAUUCCUGGCAUCUGGAUAUCGGACCGUGCAAGACUUUGAGCUCGUGAUGAACUGCGACAGCCAGUCAAAGGCAUUCCGUCUGGUCUGGGGUGGACGCACGCGCGGAAGGUUCUUGCCGAAUAAGACUCAAAUUCUGGCCUUUUCAUGGAUAACAUUCAAUGUCGCUGUGCAAGUCUUCAUCGCCUUGCUCGGUCUGACGUAUUCCAUUGAUGUAUCAGAGCAAUGGGUGUCCUUGAGCAAUGGAACCGUCUCCGUCGCUAAUGUGUCAUUUAUCGGCGACGCAAAUACAAAUUAUGAGGGUGCCGAUGACCCUGUUAGCAGUGAUCCCAUUCAAUCGCAGGGUGCCACUGCCAACAGUUUAGGCAUCACAGGCCAGAAUUACGGUAUCUAUACCAUGUCAUUCGACACCUAUGAGACAUACCCACAAUCCUAUUACACCGACGGUACCGGGGCCUUGUAUUGGUACAGGUUCAUCGACCGUGCUGUUUCCAAAUGGACUGACGCCGUGACCUCCCAACGCACUAUCAAUGCAACCGCGACAUGCACAGAAUUAGAAUUGACUUAUGGUGGUUAUGCUGGGUUUAAUACCGAUAACGCCUCCCUCGCUAAUCUAGUGGGCUGGAUUGCCCAGGAUGGCACGCCGAUGAGUUAUGUUGUGUCCUCAGUCGCGACUGGCGCAACCACUUGGAUGGCGAACAUGUCCUCGGACUGCGGGCCUCGAUGCAUGCAGGUUUACGCACUACAAUCGGCCGAUAACUACACAGUCCUCACUCCACGACUCUGGGACUGCCAGUCCAAUGUUAGUACUGUCGAUGGCCUCGAAUAUUACGCAGAUCUAGAUGUGUAUAAGAUGCCAGAUUUCCAAGCCUCGCUCUUCGCGGGCUCGAUCGGAUUGUCUGGGUUCGUCGAGACGUAUGUCGACGAGGACAAUAACUCGGUCACGAAUGAUUUGCAGAUGGUACGCUACCCAGUCGACUCGCCAUGGUCGCCAUCAAGCGAAUGGAACGCUGCAGAUAUGGCAGGCCUAGUGAUGAGCUUCACGGCGGGUGCAAUUUCGGCGCUGGACGAGAACGGGCCUAGAGCGAAUGCGACUGGCAUGGUACCAGGCCCAGCACAGGUCGUCAAGGUCAAGUGGAAGUUCUCACUCUUGAUCCUUGUGGGUGUUCCCCUGUCCCAACUGAUCGUCCUAUUCUUCGUCAUCAUGUUUGCGAACAAAGCCAUCAUCAAGGACACGAGCCAUCUGUCCACGGCGAGACUGCUGCGACCACUCGUCGAAAAAUUGGGCGACAACGGCUGCCUUCUCACGGGCGACGAGAUCGCAGAGAAGCUAGGAAACGUGAAAGUCAUCUACGGCGUAAGAGAUCCUGACGUUGGAAAUGUUCCUGCCAUGGGAGUCGGCGACAACGGCAACAUCCGCCACCUCGAUAUUCUCGAGGAGAGCGAAGGCCUCGGUUACAGGAGAGGCCGCAUGCCUGUUGGGAUGUAUGAUGGUAUUUUUCCAUCACGGAAUCACCGAGGUAGCAUAGAGGCAGCAGAGGAAGAAGAGACCGUGGGGCUUCUCUCCGAGCAGGGCGGAGCAUCCACCAUGGAAGCUCAUGAGCAGGGUGGUAUGUGGUGGAAGACGCGACCCAAGAGGCAGAGACGUCUCAGUGUGUAA